AUGGCGCAAGGUGCAUUCCAGAAUCAAACGCUCCAGCUUCGAGCCGCUUUCGACAUCAUCGGCUUGGACCCGCGUGGUACCGGCAUGAGUCACCAGAUAAUUUGCAGCAAAGACAUCUACGCUGAGCGUGUAUCAUGGUUUCCUCAAACUGAAGAAGAAUACGAUGCACUCGUGGACAAGAACAAAAGGCUGGGAGAGUCUUGCCGUGAGUUAACAGGACCACUUCUUGAGCAUGUCGAUACUAUCAGCGCGGCGAAAGACCACGAAGCUGUGCGCGUCGCUCUUGGCAAUGAGCCCAUGAAUUUCCUUGGGCUUUCCUAUGGCUCUCAACUGGGGGCACAGUACAUCAGCCUCUUUCCAGAGAACUUCCGUACACUGGCUCUUGAUGCCAUCGUACAGCAUUCGCAAUCUGAAGCAGCGAAUAUCCAUAUCGACACAUCCUCUUACGAACUAGUGCUCAAACACUUCUUCGACUGGGCUGCUACGGAUGCGUCUUCAGCGCUUCAUGGACAAGAUGUGAGAGCGCUGUGGUUGGACUUACUUACCGAGGCAGCUGAAACACCGAUCCCUGCGUUGUCUUGUAAUGGCACCGACUGUCUCACGGACGUAAAUGCCGAGGAAAUACUUUUCAACGCUCAAGGCUUUCUCAAUUUCCCAGGAGCAGGGGUGGGCCUGGGUGUAUCAUGGCAGCUGCUUGCCUCGGCUCUGUUCGAUGCCUCAUAUGGCGACGCAUCCACCCUGUCGACGCCGUACUCAAACCCCGAAGUUUUCUCUCGCCUGGCAAUUCACUGCUUAGACUGGAACCGUUCUGAGUCGUUAUCAGACAUCAAAGCGAAAUUGGCAAUGGCGACUGCAUACACCCCUCUCGUCCGAGGCGCAAGUCAUAGAUGGAGGGCACAACACGCAUGCAUGGGUUGGCCGGUUGCGGUCAAGAACCCGCCUAGGAAGCUAAAUAUCAAAUCUGAUACGACUGUACUCAUGGCAAGUAGCACUGGGGAUUCUUCAACGGGCCUACCUUGGGCGAUAGGCAUGCUAGAAGAGAUCGAGAACGCAGUCUUGAUAGUCCGUAAUGGCGAUGGACAUGGAAGUCUACCUCUGGGUGGGGAGACAAGCGACCUCAUUGGCAGGUAUUUGAUUACUGGGAAAGCGCCUGCGGAAAGGUUCUUGACGACAAGCUCGUGA